AUGGCGGACAUUAAUGUUACUCACCAACCUGUCAGACAUAUAGACGUCGGACUCAUUGUAAUUGACGCCUAUAUGUCUGCCAGGCAGGAAGAUUUGGAGUUAGAGAGAGAAGUUGAGAUUAUUAAUAAGCCUUCUAUCAAGAGUAUUCAUAUGGAAAGUGGACAAAUUGUUAAUUGCAUUGACAUUUACAAACAACCAUCGUUUGAUCAUCCUUUAUUAAAGGAUCAUAAGUUGCAGAGAAAACCCAACUUUCAAAAUCCAACUGGAAAGACAAGACAAAAAGCUUUAGAAACAAAACCCAUGUUUGGAUUGGGUAAGGAUGAAUGUCCAAUGGGAACUGUUCCUAUAUUGAGAACAAUAGAAGAUGACUUUAUUAGAGAAAAAUCAUUAUUCAACGAUCAUAUAUUGGUUCAAGAUAUUCCUGGUGUUCAUAUUGCAGAAGUUGCUCUUAAACCAAAUUAUGGUCCUUAUUACGGAGUCGGAGGUGUGGGUGUAUGUGCACGUCAAUGUGGGUGUGUGUUUGUGAGUGACCUUGUGUAUAUUCAGACAACUACAAAAGGACUGGAUGCUAUAUGUGCAGGUUUUAUUCAAACUGACAGAAAAGUUUACCUUGGUGCAACAGUAACUACCAUCUCUCAUUAUGGAGGACCAAUUUACACAACUGCCUGGUCCAUUUCUCAGGAUCCUGUGACGAAAAAUUGGUGGAUAAGUAUAGCCAAUAAGUUUAUUAGAUAUCUUCCAGCAAAAUUGUUCUCAAACCUGAAUGAAGCUAGUGAAGUAGGUUGGGGUGGAAGAACAAGAACUCGUCCCGGUACUCAAAGUCCUCAAAUGGGGUCUGGUUAUUUUGCUCGUGAUGAUAAUGUUACGCAUGCUUGUUUCUUUAAAGAAGUUUCGAUUCAAGAUAAUGAAAGAAAAACUCAUGGAGCUAAAGUAUAUGAAACUCAUUCUUUCAGUGACAGUCCCAAUUGUUACGAUGUUAGAUACUAUGGAAAUCAAGACCCCUACUAUGGUUACAUUCUCUCGUUUGGAGGACCUGGUGGUAAUUGUGGCAAUUAA